AUGUUCGAGGGAGUAUUUUCGCGCCUUCAGGAAGAUGUUACCCGCGUAAUAAUUGAUGAAGCUGGUAUGGUUCCAGAGAGUCAGUUAUUAGCACUAUGUGCAAGACUACCGAACUUAAAGCAGGUAUUCAUUAUGAAGCAACUCCCACCGUACAGGGCGCUUGUACGGCUAUUCGAUGAACAUCUUCCUCAUGCACCCGUGGUAAUAUUGUGCUUCUAUAGCGGCACAAAGCGCGUUCUGGAACUGGCCCUAAAGGACAGGAAAUGUACGGUGCACACAAUCGAUCAGUUCCAAGGCCAAGCGGCACAAAUUGUAAUACCGGUAACAACAAGGGACUUUUCCGGUGACGAGCCAAACCGCAACCUCGACUUCUUUUUGGAUCCGGCUCGCAUCACAGUGGCGCUCUCUAGAGCAAAAGAUGGGCUGGUGGCGGUGGGCAAUUUUGACCUUCUUAUAAGUAGUAAUGAAUGGUACCGUUUUGUUAAAGCAGCUACCCAGUAA